GAAAACCAAAAGCCUUGACAAUGUUCAGAGAUAACAUCAGAGAAGAUAUUAUCAAAUUAACACUCUCUUUUCUUGUUCCCAAUCCAAUGUGAAACGUAAAAUCUAUUGAAGCAAUUCCUUAGACUCGGCAGAACAGUGGUUACGCUCAGCAACGUCUUCUAUUUUCUUCCUGGAAUCCUUUCCGCUAAGCUACGUCUCUGUUUUAUUUAUCACUCGUAAAAGAAGAACCAAAGUUGUCGAAAUACACCUAUCUGCAGUCGGUGACGGACGGCGUGAAGAUGCCCCGGAUCGCGAUGUGCUCUUCUGGAGCUCAAGAUUCAUUCGCCUCUUCCACCUUUUUGCACUAUUUAUGGCGGAGUUCAAAGGUUAAGAUUCAGAAAGCUGCUCUAGUUGCUGCCCUGAAGUGAUUUGUUGGCAAAAAUCUCUAAUUUGCCUUGAAGUUUUCUCCGGUGCUCCAACGGGUUCUUAUAAGAAACAAUAGAUAAGGUUUUCAUGCAUAUGAAGAGGAAAGGAAUGAAACCGGAUAAUGGAUGGUCUUGCCUCACGAAACUAGAUGACCAAUUGACGUGGAUGCCUCCAAUGAUGAGAAAUUUAUUAGGAUUUAGUAUUUCGUAUUAUAUGUGUAUCUUUUUGUAAUUAAUACGUAGUAUGAAAAUUUUAGACUUCAUAGAUUCAUGUGUGCAAUCAUCAUUCUACAUAAUUGCAAUACUUCUAAAGAAAGCAUCUUCCCGCUCAAGCAUAUUGCUAUUUCCACCGUUAGAUCGCAAAAUAGAUCUACGGCAUUGGCUUCUCAACUUCUCAGUUGUCUCCGUCAAUUCGAUCUACGGCAUUAGCUCCUCAGCUUCUCCUUCCUUUCGACCGGAAAAUUCCUCAACUCCUCAGCUUCGCACAAACCAAAUCUCUCAACUUCGCACAAAUCAAAUUGCUUUCCAAUUCUCAUCGCUCAAUUCCUCACUUGAACAAAUCGAUUGUUGAAGAGGCAAGGCCAAAAUUGCAGAAGAGUUGGGAGAAGUAGCAGAGGAAGAUGAAGCCAUGGUAUGGUUGUAGAAGAAGAGGCGAUACCUCUGAACUCAGCCACUGUACCGCUCCUCAGUUCUCAUCUCUCAAUUCCUCCCAUGAACAAUCGAUUAAUGAAGAGGCAUGGCCGAAAUUGCACAUGAAUUGGGAGUAAUUGCAGAGGGAGACGAAGCCAUGGCUGCAGAAGAGGAUACGCCCCCGCAUUCUUCUUUGGUGCUACUUCUCCUGGCCAUCUUCGUUAGUAAGCGAUGAUAUGAAUUGGGAAUAAUAGCAAAGGAAGAUGAAGCCAUGGCUGCAGAAGAGGAGAUGCCCCUGCAUUCUUCUUCAGUGCCGCUUCUCCUGGCUAUAUUCGUCAGUAAGCAAUGAGGUGCAAACUUAAUGAGAUAGACAGGGAAAAUUGUCUUUUCCUUCCUCUUCUCGAUUUCAAGAUGUAGAAGGAGGUCGUUGGUUGAGUAGUGUUGGUUCCUCUUCUUAAUUAGGAUUCAACUAACUUCCCAUAGUCAACCUCAUCGAGGUAUAACUAUGGAGUAGUCAUUGCUGGUGAGAAAGAAGUUGUCAUAGUUGCUGAUUGUUUUGGACACUUUUGAAAAGCAUCGAUUUCCAAUAAGCAUACAAGUGGAUGACUUACUUUACCUGGAUGCUAAAGCGAUACAACUAGCAUGCAAGCCACUUUCUUAGUAUCUUGAAAUAUUAAUUCAUUUAUGCCACUUUUGUAGGUGAAGCAAAAGAUGUAAUUUUUGUUAGACUAUUAUUUUUAUUCGUUGAGAUUGUUCAAAAGUAUCAUUGAUUUUGAGUUUUGCUCAACUAUGUUAUUUGGUCUAUCCCGUUGAUCUUUGUUCAAUGGAGGCAGAUUAUAUCAUUUAUUAUUUUAUCU